AUGGCGACGAAAUUUAGUGAUCUGUUCGGAGACAAUUUAAUUGCAGUCGAUACUGAUCGAAAAAGUGAAGUCUAUCGACAAGUACCAACCAGUGAACUCGAGAACAAGGUCGUGGGAAUUUAUUUUUCGGGUCAUUGGUGUGGACCUUGCCGAAAUUUCACUCCAAAAUUGGCUGAAUGUUACACAAAAGCUCAAUCUGAAUUACAUGAUCGAUUUGAUAUUGUGUUUGUGUCAUCAGACACAGAUGAACAAUCUUUCAAGGAAUAUUUUCAAACUAUGCCAUGGAAAGCCAUUCCUUAUUCAGAUCGAGAUCGUGCCAGAAAACUUAAAGACAAAUUCUAUGUGGAAGGCAUUCCAACACUAAUUGUCCUCUUACCUAAUGGAGCAAUCUUUCCUGUUGAUGGUCGAAGUGAUAUCGUAGAAAAAGGAGUGGAAGCUAUACGAUUCUGGUCACAAGAUGAAAACGAUCUGCCUGUAUCUCCUGAUAAAUAUGUAUGGCAAGGAGUAUUCUGCGAUGGAUGUAAGAUGCGGCCACUCAUUGGUCAACGUACAGAUAUUUCGGAUUUACGUUAA